CAGUCGGGGGGGAGAGACUGUGUCACACCAGACCCGCCACCCCGUAAGAGCAGGAUGGAUGCUGUGAGCGCGGCGGAGGAGAACGCCCGGCUGCAGGAGCUCAUCGUGGAGGAGCUGGCGCAGGCCGAGCGCUGGCAGGGGCACUACGAGGGGCUGCUGGGGCGCCAGGCCCGGCUCCACACCCUGCUGCAGGCCCAGAGCCUGGAGUCGCUGGAGCAGGCAGCCCGGGCGCUGCGGGACGAGCUGGAGGAGGCUCAGGGCGCCUUGCGGGAGCGGCAAGAGCAGAGCCGCCGGUGCCACGUCCACCAGCGGGAAAAAGAAAACCAGAGAUUGGCUGAGACCAUUCAGGAGCUGGAGGGAAAGGUCUCCAAGCAGAGAGCCUGGGAGAAGACCCACAAGCAGGCUCUGCAGCAGCUGCGGGUGCAGGGGGACGAGCUGCAGAGGCAACUGUGGGAUGCGGAGGCCAAACGCCAGGCCAAGGCUGAGAGGAUCCGGGAGAAGCAGCGGCAGGUGGAGGAGCUGAGCGGGACCAUCCGGGGACUUGCUCGAAGGAUCCAGGUCCUGCACGGGAACAUCACCUGCUGGGGCGAUCGGGUGCUGGAGGCUCGGCAGGAGGCAGAGCUCUUCCAGAGGGAGGCGCCUUACGGACCCCUGGGGACCCCGCCCGGCAGCCGCCUGUGGGAGGAGCGCGUGCGCGACCAGACGGAGAAGCUGCUGUGUCAGGAGUCGGGGGCCUCAGGGCCAAGGGGGCGACUCCCCCCCAGGAUGCUGCCCCUCUUGGUCCUGGCGGUGGCCCUGCCCCUGCCCCUGCCCCUGCCCCGGGUGGCUGCAGGGGGCGUCUCCUGCUAUGACGAUGCCGGGCAGCCCGUGGACUGGUUCCUGGCCUACAAGCUGCCCCGGCCCCGGCACGGCCCCCCGGCUGAGGGGAUGCGCUACAUGUACCAGGACGCCCGCUCCGGCGGCUGGGUGCCCGGCCGCGCCCUCAUGAACAGCACCCGCAGCGCCGUGGGCAGGACCCUGCUGCAGCUCUACCCGGGGGCAAACAGGCGGACGGAGGACACGGCCUAUAUCCUGUACAACGACCAGCCCCCAAAGAACGUCACCUCCUCCAGCAGCGCCCGGGGGCACACCAAGGGCGUGGUCCUGCUGGACAGAGCCCAGGGCUUCUGGCUCCUGCACAGCACCCCCCACUACCCGCCCCCCACGCCGGAGACCUACGCCUGGCCCCACAGCGGCCUGCACAACGGCCAGUCCUUCCUGUGCGUCACCUUCCCCUACGCCCAGUUCAAGGAGAUCGGCACCCAGCUGAGGUUCAGCGACCCCGAGGUGUUCGACGCCCGGGUGCAGGGGCCCUUCGCCCAGGACCUGCCCGACCUGCGCCUGGCCUCCGACAUGGAGCCCGUGGGGGAGCCCCCCUGGAACCGCAGCGUGGCCCUGACCUCGCUGGGGGGGCGCCGCUUCCUGAGCCUGGCCAAGUUCCGGCUCUUCCGCGACGAUCUCUACUCCGGCUGGGUGGCCCAGGCACUCUCCAGCGACCUGUACGUCCAGUUCUGGCCCAACUCGCGGGGGGUCCUGCCCUCCAACUGCUCGGGGCCCUACCGGGUGUAUAACAUCGAGGAGCUGGGCUUCCCGGCCCCGGGGCCCCACUUCUCGGCCACCGUCGACCACUCCAAGUGGUGCGUGAGCACCGAGCCUGCGCCCGGCUGGACCUGCGUGGGCGACAUGAACCGCAACCUGGAGGAGGAGCAGCGGGGAGGGGGGACCCUGUGCCAGCAGGACCCGGCCGUCUGGAAAUCGUACUGCGCCCUAGUGCAGAGCUACAGCAAGUGCUAGGAGGGGAGCGGGGGCUAGUGGGUGGAGCCGGGAUUGGGCGUCCGUCACCGCCCCAGUGACUCUCCAGGGGAACCUUUCAGUGCCUCAGUUUCCCCAUCUGUGACACUUGCACUUACCUACCUCUCUGGGGCUGUGGGGUGGGGGGAUUCAGUGGUGCCUGCAAGGCUCUGGGGGUCUCCAUGCCCCUGUAUAAAUGCAGCCCCCGCACUGGCUCUUUCAAUAAUAAUCUCGCGAUUUCUAA